AUGAAGUCCAAUAAUUACGGGACACUUCAACUUAAACAAACUUGGCAUAAGUAUGGAUCAUGUCCGGAAAGAACUAUACCUAUACGGAGGAAAGGAAAAAAUUAUAAUCCAACAAUUUUGCGUAAAUAUGGUCAUCCAAAAUUAUCACCUUAUAAGACUCUUAAUGCAUCACAACCAAACGACAGUUCAAAAGGCCACGAGUAUGCGACAAUUGAGGUGAACAGAAAAUUUCUUGGAGCACAGGCAAAGAUAAAUAUUUGGAAACCGGGUAUGGAAACAUCAACUGAAAUAAGUGUAUCCCAAAUCUGGGUCACAGCCGGUGACGACGACGUAAAAAAUACAAUUGAAGCCGGAUGGAUUGUGAACAAAUACGUAUAUGAUGACGACCAACCUAGAUUUUUUAUUUUUUGGACGAUGGACGGGUACAACAACUCGGGAUGCUACGACAUCCUGUGUAAUGGCUUUGUGCACACAACGCCAGAUGUCUGCCUUGGUAGCAGUUUCACUGAGGUAUCCACUUUCAAUGGGGUCCAGAAAGAUGCCAACUUCAGUAUUCACAAAGACCAAAUUGGUGGACAUUGGUGGGUCCAUUUACAAGGUAUUCCGGUCGGAUAUUAUCCAAGUUCUCUCUUCACAAUAUUGUCAGCGACAUCAACAAGAAUACAUUUUGGUGGAGAAAUUGUAGAUGACAAAAGUAAAGGACGACAUACUUCGACACAAAUGGGUAGUGGUCAUUUCCCUUCAGAAGGUGGUUUGAAAAUAUCGAGUUAUUUUAAUUGGGUUCAAAUAGUCGAUGAAAACUACGUGACCAAAGAUCCUAAAAAUGUUGAGAUAAGAGUUACAAAUUCAUAUUGCUAUGGCUUGAAAAUUGACGAUGACAAUUAUAAUACAAAUGGAUACGGAUUUUACUAUGGAGGUCCCGGUUAUAAUGAUAAACAUUAA